AUGGAGAAAAAGGCGAAGAAGGCCCGUAGUGCACCACCGCAGUCGCGCCAGAAGGAUUGGAUUGAUCAGUUGCCGGAAGAAAUUCUGGGAAACAUAUUGUCACGCAUGGCGAUGAAAGAGGCAGCAAGGACAAGUAUCCUUUCUCGUAGGUGGAGGAACCUCUGGAAAGUUUAUGGUAGCCAUUUGGAUUUUGAUGCAUCGGAAACAAUGCGGCUUAUGUUCGAUGGGGUUAAAGAACGCCACAUCGAAGCACCAAAAUAUCGAGAUUGGGUUAAUCAAGUCUUAGAUUCCCAUGAAGGUUCAUCAUUAGAACGACUGAGAAUUGCUUUUGACUUGGGCGGGUCAUAUAUUUAUGCAACUGCUGUUGAUAAAUGGAUCGACUUUGCCAUCGUGAAAAGAGUCCAAAGGCUUGAAGUGGAUCUGACUGCAGCUGCCGGAUGUUAUACGUGUUCUGAUAGUGUCUAUACUUUCCCGUCCUGGUUGCUGGAUUUACCUUCUGAUUUUCCGAGUUUUGACAGACUAACAGUCCUGUGCUUGAAGUCUGUUUCGAUAACUGAAGAAGAUCUGAGUUUCGGGUCAGUCACUCAAGUUGAAGCACUUGGAGAUUGGAUAUUGCCAGAAGUUGCAGAAUGUUGA